AUGUGGUUGUCAGCCUGUUUACUUCUAUCCUGUAUUUGCCAAGUCCGCGCCGUAUGGCCGGCACCACAAUCGUUCUCGAGUGGCAAUUCAGUGGUCUGGAUUCGACCAGAUGUUCAUGUAAUCUAUAAUAGUGGAAACGUAUGGUGGAAUCCCCUUCUUGAUAAUUUCCUAGAGAGCCAAACUGAGCAAGUGUUGGAUGUACAGUCUUCCUACUCCCGUGGACGCCGCGACUCAACUUCAGGCCAAUCGAUCGUUCACCAAGGAGUAGCCAGAGCUCUGAGCACUCUGUUCAAACAGAACCUGGUGCCUUGGAAGCUGGUUCCUCGAAACCAGCUCGCCGAGUUCGAGCCGGCUGCAAAUUCCAAGAAGACAUACAUCAGUACCCUCACGAUUAGCCAGACGGGAGCCGACAAUUCAAGCACCUUCAAACCUCUGGCCGGCCAAGUGGACGAAUCAUAUACUGUAUCCAUCGGCACCGAUGGAGCAGCAAAGAUUUCCGCGGUAUCAGCUGUUGGGGUCCUCCGUGCUAUGGAAACCUUCAUCCAGUUGUUCUACGAGCACUCUUCUGGCGCCGGGGCUUAUAGCAAUCUAGCACCAGUGCUGAUAACUGAUGCGCCAAAAUUCCAACAUCGAGGGCUAAACUUAGACGUAUCUCGAAACUGGUUUCCGGUCAAAGAUAUCCUGCGAACGAUUGACGCGAUCUCGAUGAAUAAAUUCAAUAGGUUUCAUAUACAUAUGACUGAUGCUCAGUCAUGGCCCAUGGAUAUCCCGGCACUGCCUGAGUUGUCAGCGAAGGGUGCUUACCAGACUGGCUUGUCCUAUACCCCUUCAGACAUUCAAAAGAUCCAGACCUAUGCGAAUGCACGAGGUAUCGAAGUUAUCAUUGAAUUUGACAUGCCGGGUCACACAACGUCAAUUGGUCUGUCCCAUCCAGAUCUGAUUGCCGCUUUCAAUGCCAAACCAUGGGAUACAUAUUGCGCGGAACCUCCUUGCGGGUCCUUGAAGCUGAACUCCCCCGCUGUUGAUGAUUUCUUGGAGAAGCUGUUCGAUGAUGUCCUACCAAGAGUUGCGCCAUACUCGACAUACUUCCACACCGGUGGCGAUGAAGUCAACGUCAAUACCUACUUACUGGAUGAUACCGUAAAAUCAAAUGAUACUGCCGUUCUUGGGCCCCUAAUCCAGAAAUUGGUUGACCGCAACCACGCUCAGAUUAGAGCGGCUGGGCUCACACCUAUAGUCUGGGAAGAGAUGCUUUUGCAUUGGAAUUUAACACUUGGGGAGGAUGUGGUGGUGCAAGCCUGGCAGAGCGAUGAAAAUGUUGCGGCAAUCACCGCAAAGGGUCACAAGGCACUGGCAGGAAACUACAACUACUGGUACCUUGAUUGCGGCAAGGGUCAGUGGCUGAACUUCGACAAUGGCGCUUCCUUCCAGAAGUUUUUCCCUUUCCCCGAUUACUGCUCACCAUCGAAGAACUGGCGUCUCGUCUACUCCUACGAUCCUCUUGGAGGCGUGCCAGAAGACCAGACUCAUCUUGUCCUUGGAGGCGAGGUUCAUAACUGGUCGGAACAAACCGACCCGGUUAACCUCGACGACAUGCUAUGGCCACGAGCCGGCGCGGCGGCAGAGGUGCUUUGGUCAGGACGACAGGAUGCGAGUGGGCAAAAUAGGAGUCAGAUCACAGCAGCUCCAAGGCUGGCGGAGAUGCGAGAGCGUAUGGUGCUUCGAGGUAUAUCCUCAGGGCCGGUGCAGAUGGUGCACUGCACACAGCAUAAUGCCACAGAGUGCGCACUCUGA